AGAUCCAGUGUCCUCGGGUCGAGUAAUAAGUUUUGUAGAAUUCCUCGUCUCUCUAUAUAAGAGGUGAACUAGGGUUUUUCCAAUCUCCCUCUGGUGUUGGUGCUGAAGAGCUUGAGCUAAACAGCUGCUGCAAUCGCUUCUUCUCUCCAAAUUGCGCAGAAUGGAUAUGCAAGUGAAGCUAGCAGUGGUGGUGAAGGUGAUGGGCCGCACUGGUUCAAGAGGACAGGUGACUCAGGUCAGGGUCAAGUUCUUGGAUGACCAGAAUCGACUCAUCAUGCGGAACGUGAAGGGACCCGUUAGGGAAGGUGACAUCCUCACCCUGCUCGAGUCUGAAAGGGAAGCAAGGAGACUGCGCUGAGCAAGGUUCUGUUCCCCAACUCCCUGGUUUUGUUAGGUAUGUUUUCAUUUACAUCAUCCCUUGUUUGGCUAUGCCAAAAUCCUUUGAACUUUGUAUGAGAGAGCAACCGACUGCUGAGAUGAAAAUCACAGGAUUUGGGAUUGAUUUAAGAUUUUAGACUUGAUUACUAGAGAAGUCAUCAAAGAACUUUUUAGAUUGUGAGGAA